UUCACCAUGCAGCAACGUGUUAAAGUUGGCACUAUGCUGAUUCUGAUCCUGGCUUCAAUUGCCUGUGGACAUGCCUUGGCCGUUGGCACACCGGAAUGUCCCGAAAAGUAUGGCGUUCAAGCCUAUGCCCAUACGGAGAAUUGUGACCAAUUCUUUCUCUGCACCAAUGGCACUUUGACUCUGGAGACCUGUGAAAAUGGUUUACUCUUCGAUGGCAAAGGCGCUGUACAUAAUCAUUGCAAUUACAAUUGGGCCGUUGACUGCAAGGGACGGCACUGGGAUCCUACACCCAUUUCUUCACCCGGCUGUGAAUAUCAAUUUGGAUUAUAUGCCGUAUCGAAGGAUUGCUCGACCACCUAUAUUAAGUGUGCCCACGGUGAACCCCAUGAACAGGAUUGUGAUGCUGGUUUGGCAUACGAUGAGCGUAUUCAUGGCUGCAAUUGGCCCGAUCAGCUGUUGGAUCACUGCAAUCCGGAGGCUGUUGUUGGCUUCAAGUGCCCCACCAAAGUGGAUCCCAAUUCGGUGGCCGCUCGCUUCUGGCCCUUCCCACGUUUCCCGGUUUCCGGUGAUUGCCAUCGCUUGAUCACUUGCGUUGAAGGAUAUCCCCGUUUGAUAAGCUGCGGUGAGGAUAAGGUCUUUGAUGAGCAUACAUUGACCUGUGAGGAGCCCGAAUAUGCUAGCGGAAAUUGUGCCAACUAUGGCAAAUAGAUGGCGAAGGCGAAGGCGAAUUAACUGCAAACUUUAUAACUGUAUAUAUUGUGUGUGUGUAAAAAGCUCGACUCAAAGCUCAGACUAUGAACCUCUCUUUGUCUUCUUCUCUCUCUCUCCCUUAUUAUGUAUAUGUAUAUGUAUAUCUUUCCCUUCUUCUGCACGCGCUGGUUAUUCGUUCUAUCCCGCUCGCACACUGUCCCCCUUUUUGUUUUUAUUUUUUUCCUAGCAUCAAAUGUAU